GCCAAGAUUUUAGUUAAUUGUUGCGGCCCAUAUAGAUUUUAUGGGGAACCAGUUAUUAAAGCAUGCAUUGCUACUCAUACUCAUCAAAUUGAUGUCAGUGGUGAACCUCAGUACGUAGAAGGCAUACAGUUGAAAUAUGAUAAAGAAGCCAGAGAAGCUGGUAUCUACAUUGUAAGCACUUGUGGGUUUGACUCUAUCCCAUGCGAUCUUGGAGUAAUUUUUACUCAAGAAAAAUUUGGAGGUGAAGUUAAUACUAUUGAGGCAUAUAUGAGUUCAUGGACAACCACGAAAGUUGAUUCUGCCGUCAUACAUUACGGCACUUAUGAAUCAGCUAUUUACGGUGUCGCCCAUCAUAACGAGUUACGCGGAUUGCGCAAAAAGUUAUAUCCUGAAAAAUUGCCCUCAUUUCAGCCACAAUUGGAGAAAAGAAACUUGAUUCAUAAGUCCGAAGUUGGUUGGGCCACUAUAUUUCCAGGAGCUGAUCGGUCUGUGGUACAACGCACUCAAAGAUUUCUCUAUGAAAAAUAUAAACAAAGACCAGUACAAAUUCAGACAUAUGUUACAUUCAAAUCUCUGUUCGCUGUGUUAAUGACUAUUAUAUUUGCUGCUGUCUUUGCUUUACUUUCUCGAUUUGAAUGUGGCCGUAGUAUAUUGUUGAAGUAUCCUACAUUUUUCACUUGUGGAUAUGUAAGUCACGAAGGCCCAUCAAGAAAAGUACAGGAAAAUACCCACUUUAAAUUUACAUUUAUAGCAAAAGGUUGGACCGAGAAAUUGGCCGAACCUACUGAUAAUCAUAAGGACCCACCAAAUAAGGUGUUAACCGCACAAGUUAGCGGUGUUGAUCCAGGAUAUGGUGCAACAUGUACAAUGUUACUGCUUGCCGCGAUGAUGAUUCUCAAAGAAUCUGAUAAAAUACCAGAAAACGCCGGCGUUUUAACUCCUGGUAUUGCAUUUGGUAAAACAUCGUUAAUUGAAGAACUGAACAAAAAAGGUAUCAAGUUCGAGAUUCUUUCAUCUAAAGAAUCAUAAAAUCGUACUAAUUUCUGCGUGCACUCUUGUUUUGUGGCGAAAAUAGGAUCGGAAAGCAUAAGAUUUUCUAUUCAUAGAGUUUUUUAAACAUUAGUUUAAAGAGUAUGCAAAGUACAUAUUUUUUUAUCCUUUAAUAACUGAAUCGUAGACUGUAUCAAUCUUUUUUAUUGAAAUACUAAAUGAUCCCUCAAAGCAGUACUAUCUCAGUUUUAUGACAUUAUGAUGUUUCAAGUUUCGAAAAUCAACCACUAAUACUUUACUUAAUAUAAAUAUUCAAAGUAUGUGAUCUACUUGUGCUUAGGUACUGGGCUUUAUAUUUAUAAUUGCACAAAAUAUUUUUUUUUGUAAGCUUUUUACAAAUAUUCGUCCAAACGCAUAUUAUCUACGUUUUAAUAUUUAUAACUUGUUAAAGAUACGUUUUGUAUUGUUAACAAUAUAAGAAAUAAUAUUUUAUAAAUGUAUACUAUAAAUGUA